AUGUCACAAUUUUUCAAAAAUCCUGCGAAGUGUGACAUUUCGUGUGAUUAUGUGAAGGAUUAUGUGAUUUAUGGGCUCCAAAAAUUCGUCUCUGAAAGCGUUUGUCGGAGUUUUGAUGAGCCCGGUGACAAUGGGAAAAUGUAUAUACAGAGAAUUCUGAAACAUUCUGGCAACAAAUUCCGAAUGUACGGAUCCGCAGACGAGCUGACCGAGGAAAUUCGAAAAUUCAAGAAUUUUCCGGAAACCUAUCGAUUAUUUGGCGAUCAAUAUUUCUCAUUGAAUACCCCAGAAAUCUACUACAGCCUAAACCGAAAGAAGCGUUUUAUCAACAGGGCAGAUUUAUAUGUGCUCCUUCAUAAUAUGAUAAUUUCCACUAUAAAACAUGAGGCCCCGAAAUAUUUCCAAGCCAGUGUCGAAAAAUUGAUUCUGGAGCUAGUUCCACCGCCCGGCGGGCCGGUAGAACACGUGGAAUUGGGGAAAAUCGAUUUUCGAGGGAUUCUGGAGCAUAUUCAGAGGCUUUAUAAGCUUUCAAAGAAUUUUAGCCAAAAUGAGCUGGGAGAGUUCGAUAUUUUCGAUGAUUUGGAUUAUGAAGAGAGGAAGAAAUUCGAUAAAAUCGAUAAGAAAAAGACGAGAAAAUCCCAAAAAGAUGAGAUUUUACAGCGAUUUUUAGAUGCAAAAUUUUUGGAUAGUCUGGAAGAGAUAAUCGAUAAAUUUGAGGAUAUUUUUGAAUUUGGUUAUAGCCCCCAAACUAUUCGAGUUUUCGAGGACGGCAAAAAUUCGAAAUUUGUGAUCCGAAGAGAGAUUUUUGAGGCGAUAAAUUUGAAUUCAGAAUAUUCAGAAGGCAUUGAAUAUGACGAUGAAAAGGAGAAUAUCUCUAGAACUAUCGAUUUUAGAGAUUUGAAAAAUCUUUUUGGGGAGCGAUUGGGGGAUAUUGAGUUCAUCCGCGUCCCGAUCCGUCGAACGAAACACAAAGCCGUCUACAUCCAAGGACCCAGCCGAGAAAUACUGUACAUUCUAAUCCAAGAUGCAUUUUUUGAAAUUCUGAAAUUUCUUAUCCAUGGAGCGAAGUUGUUCCAAAAGUGUCACAAAAAAGAGGAAAUUUUGAAAUUGCUCACCGAAUUUUUUCAAGUUUUUCAUAGUGAUUUUGACUGCAAAUGCUUCAUCGCAGUUAUCCAUAUGCAAAAACUAAAAGAGAAUCUUUUCUCGAAUUUUCAAAUAAUCAAUAAUCGAAAAAUCAAAGAAAUUCGAGAUGUCUCUGGAUUCAGCCAACGAGAUUUAGAAUCAGAGCUACAGUAUCUGGGUCUCACAACGACGUUUCCGGAAAUUCGAAAUUUCGCGGAAUUGGUGUAUUCUGAAGUGGAUAGAAAUAAAAGGGAGCGAAUUCUGAGAACGUGCGAUAUGUUCGACGCCGUUGAGCAGUGCCAAAUUAUCUGCUUUUUGAAUAUGUUCCCGGAACUCAAAUACUUCCUUCACGACCAAGAAGCGUGUCAUCGUGUCGUCGGGCUGAAAUGCAUGGAAUGUGAAAAGGAAAUUGCUGAAAAAAUGCAAGAAGCUGCUGAAAAUGCGAAAAUAUCGCCGAUUUUCUAUGAAAAUCUCUCGAAAAAUGAGGAAGAAAAUGAGGAAAUUUUGAAUGAAACGAUGAGAAUUAGCGAUUCAGAAGACGAAAAUCCCGAAGACGUCGAUUUGCUCAAAUACUUCUUACGACCAAGAAGCGUGUCAUCGUGUCUCUGGCUGAAAUGCAUGGAAUGUGAAAAGGAAAUUGCUGAAAAAAUGCAAGAAGCUGCUGAAAAUGCGAAAAUAUCGCCGAUUUUCUAUGAAAAUCUCUCGAAAAAUGAGGAAGAAAAUGAGGAAAUUUUGAAUGAAACGAUGAGAAUUAGCGAUUCAGAAGACGAAAAUCCCGAAGACGUCGAUUUGGUGACGUGGGAGAUUGUGGAAGCGGCGGAAAUUCCGAAUUUAGAGCACCAGAAAAUCAAUAAAAUCAAAGAAAAUCCACUGGAAUUGGCGACGGAAAUGCUCGGGAAAAGCCUGAAACUCGUUGCUGAAACUAAAAAUGAGCUGAAAAUCGCGCGAGAGCUUUUGGAAAAAUCGGAGAAGAGAUUGGAGGAUGUGGAGACAGAAUUGAGGGAUUUAAAGAACUCGCCAACCUUCUACUAUAGCUUGAAGGAUAGCGAUAAAUACAUUGCCAAAUCGGAUCUUUUUGUGAUUCUUCAGAAUAUCAUGUUUAAUAUUUCGGACACCUCUGAUUUCUGUUUGCUUUCAAUUUUUAUUGGUCAUCUCAAGCUCCAAGAGCAACGAAUUGGCUCUAAUUUCGAGUUUGUCAAAUGCGAUGAAUCGAUUUUAGAGGAAUUUUACAACUCAAUGCUUCGAAUUUGA